CUCUCUGAGUUGAUUUCCUUACCUGUAAACUAGAGAUACUAAUAGUACCUACUAUACUAUUUGAGGUUAUUAUAAGACUCGCGUUGUGCCUGUAAAACAUUUAGCACAAUGCCUGUCUCACAGUUAACACAUGGUGGCCAGACCAGCCUAUGUGCCUGAGCCGCGAGAGGUAAGGGGCUGAUGUAGUCAGGAGGAACCGGCUACAGGGACAGAGGGCAGGCUUCCCAGGCAACGCUGCUAUUCUCUUCUGGCUCCAGCUGAAGCAAAGGCCUAGGGAAGGCCAAGGAGGGGGGCUGGUAGCAGAGGAAGAGGGCAUAAUAGCCAUCCCUUCUGUGUCCUCACUUCCACCCUGGGACCUAAUGACCCACCCUGGGCCUCCCCCAGCUCUAUGGCUACUGCUACCAGGACAGCGAGGACAUCCCGGACACCCUGACCACCAUCACGGAGCUGGGCGCCCCUGUGGAGAUGAUCCAGCUGCUGCAGACGUCCUGGGAGGAUCGGUUCCGAAUCUGCCUGAGCCUGGGCCGCCUCCUUCACCACCUGGCCCACUCCCCGCUGGGCUCUGUCACUCUGCUGGACUUCCGCCCCCGACAGUUUGUGCUGGUGGAUGGGGAGCUGAAGGUGACGGAUCUGGAUGAUGCACGCGUAGAGGAGACACCGUGUGCCAGCAGCGCCAACUGUGUACUCGAGUUUCCAGCCAGGAACUUCACCCUGCCCUGCUCAGCCCAGGGCUGGUGUGAGGGCAUGAACGAGAAGCGCAACCUCUACAAUGCCUACAGGUUUUUCUUCACAUACCUCCUUCCCCACAGUGCCCCACCCUCACUACGGCCUCUGCUGGACAGUAUUGUCAAUGCCACAGGAGAACUCACGUGGGGGGUGGACGAGACGCUGGCCCAGCUGGAGAAGGUGCUGCACCUGUACCGGAGCGGGCAGUAUCUGCAGAACUCCACCGCAGACAGCAGAGCUGAGUACCAGCGCCUGCCAGACAGCACCAUCCCCCAGGAGGACUACCGCUGCUGGCCAUCCUACCACCACGGAAGCUGCCUCCUCUCCGUGUUCAACCUGGCUGAGGCUGUGGACGUCUGUGAGAGCCAUGCCCAGUGCCGGGCCUUUGUGGUCACUAACCAGACCACCUGGACAGGUCGGCAGCUGGUCUUUUUCAAGACGGGGUGGAGCCAUGUAGUCCCUGAUCUCAACAAGACCACAUAUGUGAAGGCCUCUGGCUGACCUGUCUGAGGGCUCAGCUGACCAUCCCCGCCCACUGGGCUUGCCUGCGAAGGGAGUGACUUGCACUGGCAGCAUUGCGUGUCGCCCGGAACCGCUACAGACAAGGCUGACAUCCCAGACGGACGAAGGUGACCAGGACAAUGUGCAAUAAUGCCAAAUGUUAAAAUGUGAGUUUACCAGUCUAGGUGUGGGACUGCUGGCUCCAGGGCUAGAAAUCCUGGGGGGCUGGCGGCCUCUGCAACCCUCUGGGCUGCCAACAAGGCUGGUCUCCCCUUGGGAGCUCUGCCCCUCAUUGGGACAAUUCCGUGGGCAGCCCCAUCACUGUGUUCGUAGUGUGAGAAUGUAGCCAAAGCCCCGGCUGCUGCUGCUGCUGCUGUUGCUACAGGUGCCAUGGCCUGGCGGGGGCUGCGUGGGGACAAUCGGUCACAGAGUGUUCUCUCCGCUGAGCUCCAGACGGGAGACUUGACGGGAUGCUCCAGGAAGUGAGUGAUCCUGUACUGGGGAGGCCACCUCUGGCCACCCAACUGGGGUUUCUCCUGGGCCAGCCCAGGGACAGGGGCAGAGGAACACACACGGUAUGAGCCAAGACGUGGGGUCGAGGAGCAGGUUGCAGUUUGAGCCAGGACCUGGGGUGGGGGUGGGGCCAGGGCCUUUCUGCCUCAUUUGCUUUCAGUGAAAGCCGAAAAACAGCCAAAAACAGCCUCUCCCUCCUCCUGGAGUUUGUAUAUCCAGAAGCUUUUGUACUUCUUGUUCAUUAAAAUGUUUAUUUUUGUAAAAAAAAAUCAAUCAAUUAAUAAAAUGACAUUUCACACGGUAA